AAUAAUACUUACAUUUUGCAUAACACAAUGCAGUUUGCUAUUGUUUCGCUUUAAUUUUUUUAUUUGGUUUGGUUGUUUAUUUAUUUUAUUAUUUGUACAGAGUUUGUUUUUUUUGAUUCUUAAUUUUUUCUUAAUAUGAAUAUUUAACUUUUACUUAAUGUGUAAAUUUGUUGUCAAUUUGAAUAUUAAUUGUUUUAUUUACCUUCUAAUUUUAAUGAAUGUAAAUUAUUAGCGAUGAAUGAAUUUAGUAUAUUUUGCUAUUAUAAAAUAUGUUACAACACGUUUAAAAUGAAAUGGUUGAAACUAAAAUAUAGAUAUUAUAUUUUGAUCUAGAUUACCUAAUAUUUUAAAACGUACCUAAUAAGAUGUCGUCAAACAACACAAUUGAAAAUUCAAAAAAUACUGGUUUGUAAAAUCUUUAAUAUUUUAUUACGUAUUUUACAUGUUUAAUUUUCUUAGAUAUGCUUACACGGAGUUACUCUGAUCGAAGCAAUGAUCGAAAUAGAGAUGCUAAUAGUAACCGUGAGCGUGAUUAUGAUGGAUUAAAACAACAAUGCGAUAAAGCUAUGCAUGAGUUAAUGAUGUUAAGACGGUAAAUUAUUUUAACCUAAAUAUAACAUAACAGAGUGAAUAUUAUAAUAUAUCUAUCACACAGGCAACACGGGGAAACAGUACGAAGGUAUGAUCAAACAAGAAAAGAAUUGGAGUAUUAUCGUGGUCAAAAUCAAGUUAUGAUUAACCAAAUUGAACAAGCUGCACAAGAAUCAUCUUCAUUGCGUGCUAAACUGGCUGUUGAAAAACAAAUUUCAGACCGAUCUCAACAGGUGUUUAGAUUUUUUAAGUUCAGAAAUUGCUCAAUAUUUACAUUUGUAUAAAUUAAGUAAAAUAAACAUUGAAAUCAGAUUUUUGAGGUUAAAUAUUUAAAAUUUAUUAAAGAAUGUAUUAUUUUAAGAUGUUAAUAACAUUUUAUGUGGAAUGAACAGAAAAAUUAAAAGAUUUUUUUUAUAUUUUACUUAAUUAUUUAGUUCAUAAUGCUAUGAUUUAGUUUGACCAAGUGGACUUAUACUUUCAUAUGAGUUUCAAAAAAAUAUAAAACAUAAGUAAAUGAUUUAAAUGUGAAAAAUGAUAAUAAUAUUAAUUAAUUAAAUGAAAAUGAAUGACCAAAUUUGUUUUACGGCAAAAAUAGAAAUUAACUAUAAUUUCAGGCACUUCUUAAAGAAUGACCAAAUUUAAAUUUUACAUAUUUUUUGCAGUAUUUAAAGUACUGUGUAGUUGGUUUGCCAUAUAUUUGACUAAGUAUAACUUCAACUGUCUAUGAUAAUAUAUUUUUGAUAUUUAUAAAAUAUAUUAUUUUUUUAAGUACAACCUGUAUAAAUUUAAUAUUAAAUACAUUUAAAAUUGAAUUGUUAUUUUUUUUUUAGGAUAUUCGUGAAGACGAUACAGCAAGUGGUGAUUCACUUAAUGAUCAUUUUAUGUCGUAUGAUUCAAGGUUAGAAGAUUAUGAAGCGUUAAGAAAGGGAUAUGAAGACUUACGCACUACUCAUUCAGCAGCUGUUGACCAAAUGGACAUGAUGAAAGAUGAAAUUAAUCAACUUAAAAAACAAUGCAAUGAAUUAUUCAAAGAACGGGAUAUAGCUCUUAGAGAAAGAGAUGGAUUAAAACAACAGUGUACGGCGGCUAUACGUAAAUGGGAUUUAACACUUCGAGAACGUAAUGAUCUUCAAGAGGCUAUACAAAAAGUCCAACAACAGCACGAAGAAGCUGUCAAAGAAAUGAAAGCAGCUGUUGCGUAUAGUGUUAAAAGUAGUAAAGAACUUAAAGAUUUGAACAAAGCUCAUGAUGCAGCUGUUAUAGAAUAUAGACUCAUUAUGAGUGAACGUGACAGUGUUCAUAAUGAACUUGAAAAGCUAUCAGAAGAUUUAUCUCAAGCUUACAAUAAAAAUAAAGCAUUAGAAAAUGAAAUAAAAUCUUGUAGAGAUGAAAAAAAAACACUUUUAUUGCAUAUUGAAUCAUUAAAACGUGAAAUAUCAUCAGCAUUACAUGAUCGGGAUAAAGCACUUAAAGAAUGUAAUGACUACCAAGAAAGAUUCGGAGAAAUAACAGCUAAAAAUGAGUCUCAAAGAGAAUUUAAAAGUCAUUUUGAUUAUGGUUUCAGUAGAGAAAGAGAAAAUCGAAAUGAUUCACGAGAACAAGUAGCUUCGUUAGAUAUAUUUAAUUUGUGUCAAAAAGAACGUAUGGAUAAUUUAGAUCAAGCUAAUCAAGAAAUUGAAUGUUUAAGAAAAUUGGCUGAUAAAUAUCGUGCCAGAUUAGACGAAUCAUUAGAAGAAGCAGAAGUAUCUAAAAGACGUCGAGAUUGGGCUUUUAGUGAACGAGAUAAAAUUGUAAUGGAACGUGAAAGUAUACGAACCCUCUGUGAUAGUUUAAGAAAACAACGUGACGAUGCUGUCAGUAAGUUAGCUCGUGCCAUGAGAGAUUGUGAUGAUAUAAUGAAACAAAAAAGUGAAACAGCUAAAGAACUGAAUGAACUUAAGUAUGAAAAUAAAGAAUAAUAUAUUAUCUCAUUUUAUUGCUGUUAUUUUUAAUUUUUCUGUAGGGAAAAAAUGGAAGCCCAAUUGGAAAAAGAAGCUCGUUUAUUACAACUACAGGCAACUGGUCGCUACAGUCAAGACUCUGCUAUAGAUACUGAUCUUCAAGAAUGGGACACAGAAAUUUUAAAUAUUGACUUAGUAAGUAGUAUUUCACAAUAGCAUGAGUAGUUCGAAAAAAUUGAAAAAUAUUAUUUAAUAUAAAAUAUAAAUUAGUAAAACUAAUAUACUUUCAAGUAUUUUAUAAAAAUAUAUAUAACAAUUCACACUUACAAUACAUAAUAGUUUUUAAUCAUUUGUGUUAUUAUUUUGUAAAUUAAAAUAAUUUUAUUCAUAAAUAAUAACAAAAUAGUUAAUUUAAUUCAUAUUUACAUCUUCUUAAAGUUAUUUAUUUAGUCUUAAAAUCAGGGUUUGACAAAAAACUAAAGUUAACAUAGGUUUUUUAAAGAAUAUUUUCAGGGUAGUUUUAAAUGAUUUUUUUGAAUAAGUCUACUUUACCUGAUACCCUUUACAUCUUCACUCGCCGAAUUGAGGAAUCUAACAAUCCAUUACUAGUGGGUCUAAACUUGAUACUGCCACAAGCAGGAUAGUGCCCUAAAUGUAAACCUAAACCUCAUCUUGUGAGAUCAAAUUUUCAGUGAACUACAUAAACUCUGUAGGACUUGUCUUCUUAGUAUUCAAUUCUGAGAUUGGUUUGUAGCAUUUCCCUAUUCUUCCCUGUUACUUGCCUUUCUUUUUGUUUCUUCAUAAGAAUUACACCCUUGAUCCCUUAUUAUUUGUUGCAUAUACUAUAAACGUGAUCUUCCUCUAUAAUUUUUACCUUACAUACAUCUCUCGAUUUGCUUACUACAAGCACUUGUUUUUUUUAUGUUCAUUCUAAAAUUGAAUUUUAUUAGUGUUGUAUCCAAAAAAUUUAGCGUGAGGUUUAAGUCCUCUUCAGAUUCUGCUAUUAGAGCAAUGUUGUCAGCGAACUAGAUUAAAUAUAUAUUUUCUGACCGCUAAUAGAGAUGCCAUUUGGAUUUACUUUCAUUUAAUUUAUAGCUUCUUUGAUGAAUAGGUUGAAUAAAUAGGGUGAGAGCGAACAUCCUUGUCUCAUUUCUUGAAUUAUUUCUGCCUCUUCCUUGUGGCUAUUGAUAUCUACUAUUGUAGUUCGGUAUUUGUAUAAAUUAAAGACGAAUCUUCUGUCUUUCCAAUCUAUACCAGCAUUUUUCAGGCUCAUAAAGAGCUGCUUCCAGUUGACAUUGUUGAAUACUUUCUUGAGAUCUAGUUGGUGAUCAAGAAAGUUGUUUUUUGAUAUUCUUUAUAGUUUUUUUAAAAAUUGAGCAAAACCGAAAAAUACACUAUAAUUAUCCUCAAAUUUACGAAAAUAAUUUUUUUAUUAUUUUAAUAAUAUAUUAUACAGCUUGAUAAUAAAAAAAUUUAUUAAUAUUAAUUUAUAUUUAGGGUGUUUUAGGGUCAAAUGAAGAUUUAGGGAUUGAUUUACUUGGUGGGAGAGAUGAUCCAUUGUAUCCCAAUGAUAAUGCAAUAUACAUUUCAUCUGUCAAUAAAGGAAGCAUAGCAGCGAGAAAACUAAGGUUAAAUAUUCACACUAAAUACUAUACACACACACAUAAACACAUAUGUAUUUAUUGAAAUAAAUAUAGUAUAUUAAUAAUAAUAUAUUGUAUUUGUAAUGUAUAUAUUUAUGUUUAUUGUUUUAGAGUUAAUGAUUGUAUAUUGAGAGUAAAUAAUCUUGAUUGCACAUCAAUUAGUAAACGAUUAGUUUUGGAGACUAUAAGAUCAUUAAGCAGUGCUACUUUAGUGGUAAGACGAAGAAAACCCGCUUCUCCAUCUAGAAGUCUUUUCACAACUCAGCUACAAGUUAAUAAUUAUGAUCAUGGAAUUUCAUUGGAAACUGGUAUAUACAUUAAUAAAAUAACACCAGGAUCUCUAGCUGCUAAAGAUGGAAAUUUGGAUGUUGGCGAUAGAGUAUUAAGUGUAAAUAAAUAUUGAAAUUAUGAAAAAUUAAAAAUAAAUAAUUUAUCUUUAUAAUAUGUUAUAUUUACUUUUAGAUUAAUAACACCACAGUGGAUAAUAUAAAAAAUUCAAGAGAAGCUAUGUUGCUUCUGCAUGAACCUGGUGAUGUACUAACAAUUACAACUAUGAAGUCAACAUAUUGUGCUGGAAACUGUGGUUCUGGACCAAAUCGUGAUAUUUAUAAGAAAUAUACCAACAGUACAACACAAACAGAUAAAUCUAGUUAUUCAAGAUAUCAAGAAUCUUAUCAAAAACCCCAGUACAUUCAGUCAAGACGAGUGAUGCUUGAUGUACCAGAUAAGGUGCAUAGAAAUCCUUCUCCUGUUAAUAAUUCUAUAUCAGAACGAGAUCAGGAAGAUGCUAUUGCUGAGUUAGAUUCUGUAAUUGAUGCAUUUAGACCUCACCCAGCACCCACUACCACUAAACAUCCUAGGUAAUUAUUUUAUUACAUUAUAUUUAUCACGAUUUGUAGAUAUUUUAAGUAAUACACAGAUAUUUCUAACUUAUGUUUUUUAGUCGUCAUAGAAAGUCUAAAGAGUUAGAUAAGAAUGGUGGAACUUGGCCUAAAGCUAGAAGCGGUCCUGUAAUAGAGCACGGUACUGGUACAAUCCUUCAUCCACGUAAAAAUAAAGAACGAUUGCCAUUAUCAGUUCUUUUAAAUAAUCCUCCAUCUUGGUCAUCACAAAAUAAACCGAAAACUGAUACUUCGUCAAUAGAUUUUUCUGUCAGGUCAACAUUUUAUUUUAUUUUAUAUCAAAUUAAAAUAUAAAUUAAUAAUAAUAAUAAUAAUUACUUUUUUAACAAAUUAAAUAGAUCUGGUAAUGCUGGUAAAGAUGUUAUGGAGUAUUAUGCUAAAAAAAAAAAUUGCAAAUAUACCAAUAGUGAUACUGAAAGUAAUGCUGGAGAUAGUCCUGCAGCAAAAUUGUAUGGACCACCAUCUUCUAAUGCCCAUCAUUUUUUCACACCUCAAUACACUAGGUAUUCUCAACCAUCGCCAUCUCAUAGCGGAGAAUCAAUGUUGUAUUGUUUUGAACCUCCUUACAGUCAUAUGUCACAAGUACAAAAUUUUGUAGUAAAUUUAGAUCUUUAUUUUAUUAUUAAUUUGUGUUUUUAAAGUUUCAUCACAGUCAUUCUCCAUCUGUUGAUAUGCAUUAUAAUAGACAUACCACCAGAUCACCACAUCGCAUAAUGACUAAUAUGGGUUAUCGUGGUGAAGAUAUGCCCGAAUCUUAUCAUGGUUAUGAAGUUGGUACAUUUCCUAGAAAAAGAGAGAACUCUAGAUUUAGGUAUAUUGUUUAUUUUUUUUUAAAUAUAAUAUUUUACAUUGAUAUAAAUAUAUAACUAUAUAACAAAUUAUUACUAUAAAUAUGAAUCAUUAGGAUAGCAAUUUUACAUUCUCAACAAUAUACAUGCCCCAGUACAAUAUAGUAAUAAUAGCCAAAUUGAAUUAAACAAAUAGAUAGAUUUAAUAUUUCACUAUUAUAAUUUCAUUGGUUAAAUAUAUAUUUAUAUAUAUAUAUACAGGGUGAUUCACUAAGCGUGCUCACUCAAUUUUUAUGAUUAAAUUUAGCAUGUAUUGGAAUUAUUAUUUAUUAAACAUUAUUGAUCAAAUAUACUUAGACAGGUAAUGAAAGGUAUCCUGUAAUGUGUUUUCGUUUUUCAUAUAUGUGUAGUUUCUUUUUCUCUAUGAUUUCAAUCUAUAGAUUAGUUUGCAGCUCUUCUCCAUUCUUCUCUAUUAUACGCUGUUCAUUUCUACCUAUGAGUUGCAUCCUUGGGCUUUUAUUAUCUGUUGGAUAUAUUUUAAUAUUGGUCCAAUCCCUCUACGCUUACCUCUAUAAUCAGUUUUAUCAUUCCAUUGUGUCACAUUAUAUCUAUUCGUUCUGUCUUCUAACUAAAUUAUUCCAUAAUAUAAACAAUUUUAUCAUUGAUAAUACUGAUUAAAAAUCAGAAAAUUGUGUUAAGUUAAAUUCUAAAAAUCUAAUUUUUAUUUUAUAGUUUAAUAGAUUUGAUUUUAAUACAUUUUACUUUUAAUAAUAAUAAAUAUUUAAAUAAAUAAUUAUAUUCAGAUUUAAGACAUAUUUUUUUCAUAAAAUUAACUAUCAGUUGAGAUUUUAUAAUGCUUAUAUAAUUACAUCAUUUAUAUAGAAUACCCUCUAACCCAAGUGUUUUAAGUAAGAGUAGUGGUGGUGGUGCAGCUGGUAUCUCAACAGGAAGUAUUGAUCGAUCUGUUAGUAGUGAAAGAGACAGUCCAAUGCCUACUUUUCGAGUUGAAGUUCUUAAUCCUGGACAGAUAUCUAUGCCUGCUAAUAAGCGGCAAUCCUUACCUGAAUAUGGUUGGGCAACAAAGUUAGUAUUACAUCAAUUAUUAAUUAUAAUACUAGUUAACAACUUCCAUAUUUUAGAUAUUUGAAAAAACCAUUAUUGAGAGGUGUUGGAAGUGGUCCAUUACCUGGAGAAUUAAGAUGGAUUAGUAUAGAAAAAUCUGUUGAACCACUUGGAAUUCAAAUAUCUUGUGUUGAUAGCGGUGGAGUGUUUGUAUCUACUGUUAGUGAACAUAGUGUUGCUUCCAAAGUUGGCCUUCAAGUUGGCGAUCAACUGUUAGAAGUUUGUGGCAUAAACAUGAGGAGUGCAACUUAUCAAUUAGCUGCAAAUGUGUUGCGACAAUGUGGCAACUCAAUUACAAUGCUAGUUCAAUACAGCCCUGAUAGUAUGUUUUAAUUAAUACCUUAAUUUGAUGUGGCAUAUAGUAUUUUUUGGUAAUUGAAAAACGCUAUGUUUAGAAUAUCAAGAACUAGAAGGAGCUGAAAGUUCAACAAGUAGUCGUUCAGAAACUCCAACACCAUGUAACUCCCCUUCUGUUAAUAGAAAGUCCACUGGUGGUUCAGUUAUAACUCAUGGUAUGGCUACAUUGACUCGUCGCAAGAGUGAUCGAAAUACAGACAACAGAAGUUUAAGAGUGUAUGAGCCACGCUAUUUAAUUAUGGAGACAAGGAAAUGUAGUAACUUGGGAAUAAGUUUAGUUGGAGGAAAUGCUGUUGGAAUUUUUGUACAUAGCGUAACUGUAAAUUCGUUGGCUUAUAAUGCAGGUUUACAGUAAGUACAAUUUGUAAUUUGUAAUUUUCAUUAUAAGUUUAUAUUUUGUGUACUGACAUUUAAAUUUACAUUUAUUUAUAUAUUUUUUGUUUUACAGAACUGGUGAUCGUAUACUUGAAUACAAUGGAACAGAUUUAAGAGAAGCAACUGCUGAGGAAGCAGCUUAUGAAUUAGCUAAGCCAGCUGAGAAAGUCACAGUUCUUGCCCAGUAUUUAAUCGAUAGUGAGUAUUUAUAUUUUUACAAAUUAUUAUUAUUUAAUUGUACUAAAGCAUACAUUUUUUAAAUUUAAUUAUUUGUUAUAAUAAUAGAGUAUAACGAAAUAAAAGAUAAACCUGGUGAUAGCUUUUUUAUAAGAGCAUUAUUCGAUCGUACAGUUGAAUUAGGUGAUGUAACUAGUAACUCUUCUCAACUACAAUUUCGAAAAGAUGAUGUUCUUUAUGUGGAUAACACAAUGUACAAUGGUGUUCCGGGCAAUUGGCAAGCAUGGUCAAUUGAUCACAAUGGCUAUAAGCAACAAGUUGGCAUCAUACCUAGCAAAUAUAAGUAAUUAUAUUUCAAUAUAAAAUGAGUGUAUUAAAAAUGUAAUGGUUAAAUUUAAUUUUCUAAAAUAGAGUCGAUGAAGAACUUGUAAUUAGACGUAGCGGCGGUGAACUAGAUGUUGAUGCACGACGAGCAACAAGACGUAGUUUUUUUAGACGUAAAAAACAUCAACGCAGUAAUUCCAAAGAAUUAGCUAGUUUUUCUAAUAUAAACUUGGGAUGGUAUAGUAGUGACUCUGGUACUUUACAUGAUGAUUCUCUUGUAAUUGCUUCUUAUCAAAGAGUUAUCAGGUUAAACUGUAUGUGUAAUAUCAUAAAUAAAAUUAGCAGAAUAUUAAAUUUCAAUUAAAUUUGUAUUUUGUCUAGCUGAGCCAAGUAUUCGACCAGUAAUGGUAGUCGGACCUCUUGCAGAUUGUGUAACUGAUAAAUUAAUUGUAGAUUUUCCUGAUUUAUUCAUGCGAUAUAUACCAGAGGCAAAACACUGUUCUCAAGCAUUUAUGGAAAAAGGAGUUGCUGAUAGUAUUUAUAUAGAUUAUCGAAAAAAAGGAUCAGUUUAUGAAUGUGUAUCUGUCUCUGGACUUAAAGAAGCCUGUAGCAAAGUAAUUAUUUGAGAUUAUUUUAAAUAAACUGAUAUUAUAAUAUUAUGAUAUUUAUUUCACAGAAUUGUCAUUGUAUUAUCGAUAUCGGUCUUACUAGUGUUGAAAGACUUCAUCGUCAUCAUAUUUAUCCUAUUGUUUUGUUGAUUAAAUUUAAAUCUACUAAACAAGUGAAAGAAGCUAAAGACUCUCGAUCAUCGCAUGAUAAAAUUUCUGCUAAAGCAGCAAAAGAAAUGUAUGAACAUGCAUUGAAGAUGGAAUCUGAGUAUCGACAUUACAUUUCUGGUAUGUUUUUAUUAAAUUAUAUUGUUUUAAAAAUUAUGCUAAGAAUGUUAAAUGUUUAAUGUUUAAUAUAGCCGUUAUACCCGCUGGAGUUAAUGUGGCAUAUAUGUGUACACAAAUUAAAGCGGCUGUUAACUUAGAACAAAGUAAAACACUUUGGGUUCCUUCUCCGACACCACUUUAAGGACUGCACAAAUAAGUCUUUUGUGGAUCAUUGUUCCGUCCAAAAUAAUUUUAUUAUUAUCAUUAUUAGUCUAAUUUGGUGAUUACCCAUGACUUUUUGUUUUAAACCCCCCUUCUAUUUUGAUUGGUUGCUGGUUUUUUUUUUUUAUACUUAUAUAAAUAUUAUCAAGUCAUAUUUUUUAUACCAUGGUAUAAAUAGCAAUGAGUAAUACAAUUUCAUAGAUUUAUUUUAGUUAAAAUUAAAAAUUAAUAAAUUUAAGUAUAUAUAUUUUAAUAAUGUGAUGAUACAUAAUAAUUUAAAAAAAUUAUUUACAUAAAAAGAAAGCUAUGUAUAAUUUUAAAUUUCAACUAAAUUUGAAUUGUCAAGAGAUCUUAUAAACAAAUAAAAAUUAAUCUUUAUUAGAACACUACAAUCACAAAACAAUGUCUUGUAUUAAUAACAAUAUUAAUCAUGAUAAGAUCUUAUUUUUUAUCAUAGGCUAACAUCUGUUAUUUAUGAGGACAUUGUAAAACUUUGUAGUAUUUUGACACAAUUUAUUAAAGUUAAUAAAUGUAAAAAAAAGUUAUUUAUGGAGAUUUAAGUAUUUAAAUAUUUGCUUAGUUUUUAUUAGCAGCCCAAAUGCAAACUAUAUUAAUGUAAACUCAAAUAUAACUAAUUAAUAUAUUCCAGGGAAUGUUUUUUUCUUAUAUAUUUAUUUAUUCUUUUAUAUUAUUAAUUACUUUAUAUACAUAUAUAUAUAUAUAUUAAUAAUUGUAAUAAAUAUUUAAGCAAUAUCUAUCAAAUAAUAUUUAAUUUAACUAUGAAGUGUAAAACUAUUCUGCAUUUCAGUCAAAAUUGUCUACAAUGUGGAAAUAACCAAUAUAUUUAUUACAGGGUGUUAGGUACUUAUGCAUUGUGAAUUGUGUUAUAUAUGUUUUUAUAAAAUACUUGAAAGUAUAAUAGUUUUACUAAUUUAUAUUUUAUAUUAAAUAAUAUUUUUUUAAAUUUUUUAGACCUCUAAUAAUAAAAACAAAAGAGUAUUAUUUAAAUACUUACUACUAUAUGCGAUAGAAGAUUUCCUUAUCUUUGUUUAUCAAAUUUAUUAUAUUUUUGAGUUUUUAUUUGCCUAUUAAAAUAAUG